AUGCGAUGGGAUGGCAGUGUUUCCGGUUCAUUGCGCUCAACAUGGGGCGUACUAGUUGACAAAUCAAUACUAUACGAGCCAUUACUGCGCUACUUGUUUCGCAAUAUUGACAUACACGACAAGUUGCUUGGCAAACCAGAGGUCGCGACCAAGGAAAUUGUCACAUUGAGAGGGUAUGCUCAAUACCGUGAGUACAUGUCACGUUAUGCUUCCGAUCAAACGCCGUAUCCAAUGUAUCUGAUGAUGGUAUCAGGUCGAUUACAACACAACAAUCGCCUCUGGUGUCCAUGGUGUCGACAGUCGGAAAUGCCAAUGGAAUACGCUUUUUACGCCUAUGCACCGACAAAUGCCAAAUUAAUUAUCGUCGAGACUUACAACAAAUCUAGUGAAUGGCGCAAUCGAGAAGAGAAUGAAUUCAAAAAGGAUCAUCAACUUAGAAUCAAGGGCGUGCCAUGGUUCUAUCGAAUCUAUCCUGGUCCGUCUCGUGAAUCUCUUUUCUACCAGCAAGUCACGAAGAAGUUUUAUCUAUUAGAACCCUUGCAACAAGUGUUUGAAGAGUCAGUUUAA